CAGCGGUCGUAGCGGCUCCUCGUAAUGGCGACCGUGCCGUAGACGCGCCGAGGUUUGUGAAAAUGAAGCGAAGGAGAAGUUAUUUCUUUUAAGGAAAAACGCCGAGGUUCCCCAGCGGAGGACUUUGCGUCUCACAUCCACAGCUUUCUAACCGGGUUCAACUCGCGACUCUUUCUAACUUCUACCCCUGAAAUGAUGAAGGUAAAGUCAAACCAAACCCGGACGUACGACGGCGACGGUUACAAGAAGCGGGCCGCCUGCCUGUGCUUCAGGAGCUGCUCCGAGGAGGAGGUGCUGCUGGUGAGCAGCAGUCGGCACCCCGAUAAGUGGAUCGUCCCCGGAGGGGGGAUGGAGCCGGAGGAGGAGCCCAGCGUCGCGGCCGCCAGAGAAGUGUGUGAAGAGGCGGGUGUCAAGGGCACUCUGGGUCGGCUGGUCGGCGUGUUUGAGAACCGCGAGAGGAAGCACAGGACCUACGUGUACGUGCUGGUGGUCACGGAGCUGUUGGACGCCUGGGAAGACUCGGUCAACAUUGCGGCCUGUUCGUCUACGUCCACAGGGAGGAAGAGGGAAUGGUUCGCCGUGGACGAGGCCAUGCGCGUGCUGCGCCGCCACAAGCCCGUGCAGGCCACCUACUUCCAGGCCCUGCGCGACGGCGACGGCUGCCUGACCAGCAACGGCUCCCCCCUAGUGGGCAGCAUCAGCGGCGAGCUGUCCCCCAGCUACAGCCUGAGUCAGAGCUCCGUGUCGGGGAUUAGAUAACUGUGAGCCCGGCCUGCAGCGCCUCUCCCUCCCCCCGUUCCUCCACCCCCCCCAGGGCUCGUUUCUGUCGGGCCGACGCCACCUGCGCUCUUACUAAGAAUCCUCCUCCUCCUCCUCCUCCUCCUCCUCCUCCUCCUCCUCCUCUUUCUUUCUUUGGUCGCUCUUGUUUUGUAUCUGAAUAACAUAGUUUGCCUUGCCAACUCUUUUUGUGCCAGUGCUUUGGCACAGACUUGAUCACACCGGGGGUGACUAUUCUGAGGAGAAGCAAAAAAAAAAAAAAAAAAAAAGACAAAUUAAAAAUGAAUUAAUGUUUUCUUUAACUGAAUCCUCCCCACUCCCUCAACCCUCGUUACCUAGUUUUAUACUUUCUUCUUUUCACUGACGACUGCAUGAGGUUCCUCCCUAAACUCCUUCCUUCCUUCUCUCCCCUAAGGCACCCUUAGCGCGGUGAUUUAUCGAAUGCAAGAACUACUUCUUCUCACUGUCGUGAUGUGACCGUCGUGUCCGUAGUGCUUACGCUGGAGGCUUCUGGUGACCGCCGGCUCCACUCGGCCUCGCCCUUCCCCUCUUCCUGUGGCUGAAUGUGCGCAUGCGUGUGCUGUCCCCUCCCCUCCCUCAAGGGGCCCCCGAUGUUGAUAGCCGUCUCGCAAGUCCUCCCCCUGGGCCUUUUAAUAGCCGGCAGCCAUCUUGGCUCUAAACGCUACCUGGCUGGUGGAGCUGAAUGCUGAAUUCAGUUGGCACAGCAAGGGAGCUCAAGGAAAAAGGCCCAAAGUGACAUCACCAGUGGGCGUGUCCUCUCAGAGGACGCCCGAUAGGUCGGUCACAAAUCGACAGGGUCGGUUUUGAAUUGUAUCGGACCUGGUAGUACUUUCUUUUUCAUGAUACAAAGCGCGUUGUGUUUGGAUGCGUGUUGCGCGGCAGGUAUUGCUUGAGCGCUUCUUUUGUUUCUUCUCUCUCUCCCUCUCUCUCUCUCUCUGUGUUUUUGAUUAAUCUCCUUCAUUUCAUAUUUCUGUCUCUCAGACCAGAAGGAUUUGGGCCCCCUUGCAAGCGCUCGUACUUUCUUUUUUAUUCAGUUUUUGAAUGUGUCAAGUACAUUUCUCCACAUCUGGUGGGGAACACCAGCCAAUCACUACAGGUUCACCCUAGAAUACUGUACCCCUGUGUACACAGCGAGGGCAGCCAGGGGGUGAUGUAACACCACCCUUCAUUCAGCAACGCCAUUCUCCUUGGAGAGCACCCCGUUUUAUUUCACCCACCGACAUACCGUUUGAACCCCCCCCCCCCUCUUCAGUGACAUCCCAAGUGGGAGGGUCCGUCCGGGUCGACUGUAGCGUGAGCCAAUCGCCGCGCAGCUGGAUGACUUCCAUUUGUGAGGUCACUAAGGGGUCUCUCCCCCCCCCCCCCCCCCCCUUCCAGAGGAUGUUGGUUCAGUCCUGGAAGUGAGGUAGACUUGUUCCGUAUGAUUAGGCUGCCUGCGUCACACAGACACCAUGGGUUUAUCAGUUCUAAAUUCAGCACAUAUCACUUUGUCGUCUUGCCCUUGUUGUUGUCCACUAAUUAUACUCUUCCCAUUCAGUUUGGUUAGUAGCGAUUGUUUACAUUCACUGUGCCCCCUCGCGGCACUCCUAGAUCCGGUGGUUUUUAAAUGUUGUUGUUUUUGUGGGCACUUUUAUGGUCUGUUUUUUGUUUUUUGUUUUUCAUCAUGAAGUAUUUAAUCUGCAUCCUUUAAAAAAAGAAAAAGAGGGGAAAAGAAAAGACUAAAAAAAACCUGCUUGAGAAUGGAAAGUGAUGUUAAGGCGCUGUCCUUGUUGAGAUGCAGAACGGGCAGUGACGUGUACAGUUUGAGACCUUUUUUUUGUUUUUAACAUGUAAAAUGCUUUUUGGAUGAUAGUUUUGUUUUUUGUUUUCCCUCGCGCUCUCUCAUGUCCGGCUGACUUCUCUUAACGCCGGCCUGUGUCGUCGGCCGCGGCCGGCGCAAUACUGUGAACCUGAAGGCGUUGUAGAUAGCAUGCAAGACGUUUUUACUGUAAAUUGUUAAUUUCUGUAUAGAUCAAAGACGAGUACUAAAAAAAAGACAGACGUCUGUGAGUGCAACAUGGUGUUUCAGUCGGGCUCCACGAAACGUUGACUUGACCUUUUCUAUUCGGAGCAACGUUGAUGAGGCGGUGAGGUUUGAGGCCAGGCCUUUUCAAAAUAAAAGUUGGCUUAAGAACAAGCAAUGUCGCAAGCUUCUGGGGUGAAGGGAGGAGUAUUUAUUACAACAAGAAAAAAUUAACUCCUUCUGAGAAUUACCCAAACCAAAGUAGAUGUAUCCAAAUUUAAAUCAAAUACACAAAACUAAAUGAAUGCAUUUCAUUUCCCUUUUAAGAGGAGAAAGCGGCCCAGGAAUAUGACCUAUCAAAUCUGUAAUCUGAUUGGCUUAACCACUUGUCUGUCAUGUAUAUCCUGAUCCUCAUUGGCCGGCAUGCGAUAUAGCUGGGCCAUGGUCGACCUGCUAGUGGCUCCAAAGCUAUUUCGGGCUCAGUCACCAAUUCAUGGUUGAUGGGAGAAUCUUCAUCUGACAGAAUAGUUAACUUCUAAUUGCUUACCGGGCCUCUUCGCUAAAGACCCUUCAUUAUUCCAUCCGGGUCGAUCAAUGUAUUUGAAAAGGCAGAGGAAGUUCUUAUCUCGGCUGUGAAAAUGCCUUUCACUGAUGAUCUUGAAUCUUUGACCUUUUAGAGGUACUUUUAUCGCUGAGCCGACAAGGUGUGGUGUUCAAAGUCUUUGGUUUACCUGCAAAACAGCUCAACCUCCCUUUAUGUGGUAGUAAGGUGAACCUACGUCUGUGACAGUGGGACGGAGGUCUUCAAGCCUUCCGUCCGGCCUGACUAGAUGUUGGUCUCGACAAACUUAUUACUGUUAUAGCAAACUGAAUGUGAGGGCUUUUCACCAAUAACAACAAGUGACAUUUACUACUUCUGUAACUCAUUCAUGAAAUUGUAAAUGUGUCCCAUGUUUUUUUAUUUGGGGUGGAGGGGUGAUGCCAGAAUCCUUCCUUCUUUCUCCCAGUUCCUGAUUUAUUAAAAUAAACAUUUUCUGUUCUGAUAUUUGAAAUGGAGGAUAGGGCUGAGGACAUUGAACUAUGGUGCCCCCGCCCUCAGUCACACAGCGGUAAAAUUACAAACCGCUGGCGCCAUCUAACGUCAACAUUGAGUACUACAAAUUGUAAAUUGAAGAUAACUUUCGUGUAGUAAAAAUGCAGCAUAGAUGUUUUGAUAGAGUGAAUUUCGCUCAUUACCUCUCUAAUUACUACCCCGAAGCAAGCUGCGAAAAUCUAAUCAAAUCCCUCCAAGCACUUGUUCUGAUGGAGCUCAGCCUUGAAGUUACGUGUGUGUAAUUGUUCUACAAGGUAUGUGUCACUGGACUUUUUUCUGUGGAGUAAACCAGUGAUAAGACUGAAGAUUGUAAUAUACAUGUGCCAACAAAUAAACACCAGUAUUUCACA